CCAAGAAAGAAGAAAGGCCAAAAGAUCGAACCAGAGAUGGAGGAGCCAAAGAGAAGAGGAGUUCGAUUAGUGUUAUUCCCAUGCCCAUUACAGGGUCACAUAAACCCCAUGCUUCAGCUAGCUUCCAUUCUCUACUCUAUGGGCUUCUCCAUCACCAUGAUCCACACUCACUUCAACUCUCCCAACUCCUCCAAUUACACUCACUUCACCUUCAUUCCCAUACCCGACGGCUUAUCGAUUUCAGAUGUCUCCCAACACUCUGUUUCAGAAGUGGUGGCCCUUCUCUCACAACUCAACAUCAACUGCGCAGUUCCAUUUCAGGAUUGCUUGCUUCGGUUGUUAUCAUCUGGAGAAGCAGAGACCCUUCCUUGUCUCAUCUCCGAUGCUAUGAUGCACUUCACCCAAGAUAUCGCCGACAGUCUUAAGCUUCCUAGGCUUGUGUUACGGACCAGCAGCGUCGAAUCCUUUCUUUCCUUCGCCGCCGCUGUUUCAAUUUCAAGACAGAAAAGUUACCUCCCGAUAUCAGAUUCUCAAUUGGAGAUACCAGUAACGGGGGUUCCACCUCUCUUAAUAAAGGGUAUCAACACACAUGACCAAGAGAUCGUCUACCAAUUGCUGCGCAACAUGGUUGAUAAAGUCAAGGCCUCAUCUGGCCUCAUUUGGAACACAUUUGAUCACCUUGAACAAUCGGCACUGGCAACACUUGCUCAAGAAUUUCCAAUCCCAGUGUUCACAAUAGGCCCUUUCCAUAAAAUCUUCACAGCUUCUUCCAGUAGCUUAUUGUCCCAAGACCAAAGCUGCAUCACUUGGCUAGAUACACAACCACCUAACUCUGUAAUCUAUGUAAGCUUCGGCAGCAUAGUCGGCAUGGAUGAGGCUGAAUUCAUGGAGAUGGCUUGGGGGUUAGCCAACAGCAAGUGUCCCUUCUUGUGGGUGGUUCGAUCCGGCUUGGUCCGUAGCUCAGAACGAGUUGAACCAUCAUGGCCUGAUGGGUUCCUAGAAAUGGUUAAAGGAAAGGGUUGUAUUGUCAAAUGGGCUCCUCAACAGGAUGUCUUGGCUCAUCCUGCAGUUGGAGGGUUUUGGACCCACAACGGUUGGAAUUCAACGCUGGAGAGUAUAUGUGAAGGGGUACCAAUGCUGUGUUCGCCCAAUUUUGGAGACCAGAUGACUAACGCGAGGAUCGUGAGCCAUGGGUGGAAGGUGGGAUUGCAGCUUGAGAAUAAGUUGGAGAGAGGGGAGAUUGAGAGAAACAUAAGAAGACUAAUGGUUGAGAAAGAAGGAAAGGAGAUGAGAGAGAGGGUUGCUUCUUUGAAGGAGAAGGCAGAAGCUUGCGUCAAGAAAGGAGGUUCUUCCUAUGAGUCUCUAGAGGAUUUGAUAGCUCGGAUCUUGUCAUUUUGAAGAUUUUUGUGGUUCACCUUCUCCAUGGUGAUUGAUUGUCUUAAUUUCCAA